AUGCACUCUCAGCGCUCGGGCUUUGCGGCGCGCUCGCCGCCGCCGCUGCAGCACCCGAUUCCGACGCACCCCAAGGUUCCUGUGCCGGGAUCUCCGGUGCGCGCCGACUACGCGCACGACGAGCAGAACCCCUACACGCCCCAGGCCCAAAACCACUAUGCCCCACAGACCCGUGCGCCGCCCGCGAAACGGGGGGGUUACCAGCGGAUCAGCUCGCCGCGGGGGACGACGCCCGUGAAUGCGUAUGCCCCGCAGCAGCGCAACCCGUACACGCCGCAAAACCGGGGGGGGGCGACGCCGCAGCACCGCGCAGCCGCGACGGCCGCCGCGAGCGCCUACGCUCCGCCGCAGCCCUCGCGCUCCAACUCGACGGCGAGCGUCGUGCCGAACAUGAACAUGUACCAGUCGACCACUGCGCCGUACUUUGACGGAGCGAGCACGCCGGACGCUUAUCCGAACGCGUACGCGAUGCCGCAGCAGGACUAUGCCAAGGACGACGCGUGGGGCUUUGGCGGCCAGGCGCCGCUCGGCGGGGGGAUGAUGAACGACGCCACGGCGCAGAUGGGCAUGCAGUUCGGCCGCCACGUCGCUCAGGUCGGUGGGGAGUACAUGCAGAAGAACUUCCGCAACCUCCUGCCGAUGCCGAUGCUCAAGCACUACUUUAAUGUGUCGAACUCGUACGUCUUGCACAAGCUGCGUAUUAUCCUGUUCCCAUGGCGCCACAAGCCGUGGUCGCGCCGUCUGCGCUACUCGACCCCGUACGGCGGCUCGGGCAUCAUGUCCCCGGGCCAGAGCGCCUCGCCGACUCCGUACGCGGGCAUGAGCACGCCGGACCGCCCGCUGUCCGCGCACGGCGCUCAGCACGCGGCAGCGGGGGAGCCGGUCUCGUUCUUCAUGGCCUUUGUUACGUACACGAUCGUAUCGUCGGUCAUCUACGGCUUGCGCGGUCGUUUCCACCCGGAAAACUUGGGGUACACCGCCUCGCGUGCAUUGGCCAUCGUCUUUAUCGAGUUCAGUGCAGUGAAGCUGGGGUGCUACCUGCUCAACAUCCAGGGAGACCACACCAUCUUUGACUUGGUGGCAUACUCGGGCUAUAAGUUUGUCGGCACGCUGCUUGUGCUUGCAGUGGGAAUGCUCCAGUUGGGACGCUGGAUGUACUGGCUCACGUUCUUUUACGUGUUUGCUGCGAAUGCCUUCUUCUUGGCACAGCGCGCAACGCGCAUUCAGUUCCUGUUCGCGAUCGCCAUGUCCCAGAUCGUAUUUGGAUGGCUUUUGAUUGCGGGCGUGUACUAA